AUCCAAUAUGUCAGCGCCCACAGGUGUACCUGUUGUUAUUAUUCCAAAGACAUCUGCACAAACUGUGAGGAAACAUUUGGAAAUUGGCAGAUUAUGGGACAGCCGGUAUAGUCUGAAAAAGACUGACGAAGAUCUGGUGGCCAUUCCCAUUACCAGUGAAGCUUACAAGAUGCUGACCCUGACCACAGGGGGGCUACCAGCGGCUGUUGAGUACACUCUUGAUGUAAUCAAUCUUUCACCUUCAAAAAAGGACUUGUUAAAGCCACCUUGGGAGCAUCUCCGGGAAACAUUAGGCAAUCUAUUGGCAAUAGUGAAUAGUGAAAAGAAGAGUGCAGGGGUUAGAGAUAGUGAAACAUGGGAAGAUGAUAUUCCUAAACACUGGGAAAAGCAUGGAGACAUGGUGGUUCUGCCAGAUCAUUGUUUCAAAAAUGAUUUUUGGAGACAUUGUGGUCCACAGUUGUGGGAGACUGUGGCAAGAAUCCUUGGUGCCAAAAGACUUGCUAAGAAGUCAAUUAUAUCCCAAGAUGGUUUCCGGACUCCACAGGUAGAACUGCUGCUUGGAAAGGAUGGAUGGGUCACUCACAUUGACAAUCAUAUCAAGUACAGCUAUGAUGUUACCAGGUGUAUGUUUAGUGCAGGAAACAUUACAGAGAAACUAAGAGUGGCUCACUUCCACUGUGAGGGAGAGACUGUUGUGGAUUUAUAUGCAGGCAUAGGCUACUUCACUUUGCCAUACUUGAUCCAUGCCAAAGCCAGGCUGGUUCAUGCCUGUGAGUGGAAUCCAGAUGCAGCAGAUGCAUUGAGGAAGAACCUACAUCUGAAUGGAGUGGCAGAGAGGUGUAUUGUUCAUCAGGGAGACAACAGACAAGUAUGUCCUAAGGGUGUUGCAGACAGGGUAAACCUUGGGUUGAUUCCCAGCUCAGAGGAGGGGUGGCCAGUAGCAUGUGCAGCACUGAAGUCGCAGUCAGGAGGAAUACUACAUAUACACUACAAUGUUGAAACCAAGACUCCUGAACACAGGAAUGAUUCUAGAAAAGAGACAGCUAAUCCUAUUAGAGAACAUGGAAAUGGUGACUUUAAUGAAACAUCAUCACAAGAGCAUCUUCAGUUGCAGUGGUCUCAAUGUGAAUCAAGAGGUGUCUGCCCUUGCAAUAAGACUAAAAGUGGCCCAGGUUUUGACAUUUCUCAAAUUGCUGGUAGAUUACACAGGUGUGAAGACACCAAAUCAAUGGAGAACACUCUUCAGAACAUGGCUGAAAGUAACGAGUGUAAUUCUAAUGAUAUGGCAAAAGACACUGGGUGUCCCAGCUUAACAGGAAUGUCUUUUUCAGUCACAUGCCAUUGUGGCUCAAAACAUUUAGGAAAAAGUUUGACUAGAGAGCAUGUUAAACAGCACGAUGGUUACCAUUAUGAUGAAAGAGCCACUUCAAACCAGACAAGUGAUACAGCAAUAACUUGUAAUAAAAAGUUAUUACCCCAGUGGAAAACAUGGGCUGUAACAGCAGCCGAUCAGAUCAGAGACAUUUUACAUAAAACACAUGGAGGUCAGUGGAAAACAGAGAUACUUCACUUAGAGCAUGUCAAGUCUUAUGCACCACACGUUGAUCACAUGGUGUUGGAUUUACUGUGUAAACCAGCAUAACCCUCCUAGUACAAGGAACAGUUAUUUUCAUAAGAUACACUUAAGUUAGUUUUGAGGUUAAUAUCCAUUAACUCUGUUUAUAUGCUAAUCAAAGUUUGAGAGCUCAGCAGUUUACAAGUACUUUAUAGUCAAUUUAUGGCAGUUCACUUUCUACAAGUUUCUACCUCAAGUGAACCCAUGCUAAAUGAAAAAGUUACAAGGCCCCAUGGCUUUUGUCCAUUAUCUCUUGAUAGUAAAAAAGAAAAUGGCUAUGCCACUUCUUUGUUUUAUGGGUUCUUUAGAGCAAAAUGACCACAAAUUUGAACUUUCUUUUUGAGAAAGCUUUGCCCGACUUGACAGGAUGAAAAGAGAAAAGAAAUUUAAGUUGUUUUCUUAUAAAGUUUUAAUUCUGCUUUUUACAUUUGCUGUGAAAUUGUGUAUAUGUACAAUGGAAAAAUUACAAAAGUACUGAGUAUUAAAUAACAAGAUAAGGGAAGUAAAACC